AUCCAUUAGAUUUUGUGUAAUGUGUUGAGCAUUCCUGGAAUAAAUUACAGAUAGCCUCCAGUGGACCAACAGUGCAAGGCAUCUAUGAGUACACUGAUGAGCGUGGGGAGAAGAAAAGAGUCAAUUAUGAGGCCAGUCGCGAGGGGGGCUUCAGGAUCCUGAACCCUGACCAGGCACAGGGACUGAGGGAAUUCCCUGCUGACCCCAGUGGACCCCUGAGUGUGACCCUCAGCCAGUCCCACAUUGCAGCUCUGGAAUUCCACAAGAGCACUGUGGAAAAGGCAUGGCGUGAACAGGAGAUGCAUUCCAGAGGUGCUGCUGCUCUGAAAGAUAAAUUCGGCGGAGGUCACAUCAACGCGUCUCUGCACCGUGAAAAGGACCCCAAGUCAAACGCGGUCAAGUCCGUGUUCCGCAAGGAAUUCAGGGACUCCCAGGGUCGCCUCAGGGGGUUUCAACAGGCCCAUUCCGUGGUGCACGCUGUCAACACAUCCGCUGUUAACGGAUCCAUGCCGUUUCUUCUGCCACCCGGCGGGCGACAUCUAGACGAGAAUGGAUUCAACAUCGGGAACAUCAUGGACAAAAUCCGAGAGUUCCACCAGUCCUUAUUUGGCGCCGGUGCUGGUGGUGAUGGCGGUGGUGGGCCAAUAUUUGGCGGCAUGGGUGCUGAUGGGAAUGGCACCGGGAUUGCUUUUGCACUUGUGUGCUCCCUGGUGAUGGCACAAUGUGCCCCAACAAGAAACACUGCAAUUGAGACUCAUAUCAACGAUAUUUUGACUCUCUCUGAUGAAAAACCAGGGUCAAACAACAAGUCCAACAACACCUCUUGUUGCAGCUCUGACCCCAAGGGCUCGUCCAAUUCCUCGUCCAACAAGAGCACCAACUUUGACGACUUCAGAGAGGACAAGGGCUCGGCCAAGAAGAGCGGCCCAACUGUGGACCAGAUCCUGCAGUUGAAGCGGUUGUUGGAGAAGAAGGGCAUCAAGUUCUCCGUCGCACAAUCAGCGAAUGCCAAGCAGGGCUGAUCCAAAGAAUAUAAUCCAAAUGAUGAUCACUGAUUGAUCAUUCGACGUGGUCGUUGGCAUUUUCCAUUCUUCAUCCUCUUCCUCCUCCUCCGGGUUACUAUCGGGAAACCGGUUUUUUCUGGCUUGUCUUGCCACCGACCUUGUGUGGUGACCAUACAGCAGAGUAUCAUAUACAGCUGCUCUUCAUGGCACCAUGAUGAUGAUGGGAGUGAUUCCGAGGACGAUGAGGAGGCUUUUUGUAUUUGCUGUGCUUAUUGUGGCAGCACAAAAAUGGAAAAGCACAAAGAUAGAGAGAGAGACAAAGAGCGAAUUUCGUGCUAUUUUGGGAUUAUUUUAUUAGCUCUUGUGUUUUUUUUCUUUAUUUCAAGAACAUCUCUCAUCCAGCUCUGCACAACUUUUUUUUUUCCUUUGGCGUGAAGACCAUUCAACCUUUUAUUCUAUUUGUAUAUUUGAAGGUACCUGAUGAAGAGCUAUACUUUACCUGUGGUUGAACAAAGGAUUGAUCUUGUCUGAAUAAUAAACGGUGUCUUCCAAAAA